AUGGCUGGACGACGCGACCUCCACGCUGACCCCCCUCGCCCCAACUUCCCGUCCUCCCAGGCGCCGUACAAGUCGCUCGCGCAGAUCCAGGCCCAGCGCGAGACCAAGCGCCGGGUCUACGAAGACCGAACCGCGGCGCUUCAGUCCCGCCUCGACGACCAGAUCCGGUACGCGAACGCCGCGGCGUCGUUCGACAAGACGGACGGCAUCCGACGCGAGCGCGAGGCGCGCGAGCGCGCCGCGGAGGAGGCGCAGCUCGAGGCGCUCUACCAGGCGCACAAAGCGAGGGAGCUCAAGGCGAAGUGGGCGGCGGAGGAAGAAGCGAUCGUGGACGCGAUCGAGACGAAGAAGAAGGAGGCGUCGAAGCGCGCGCUCAUGGUGCAAAAGGUGAGCAACGAGUCCGCGGAGCUGCGCGCGCUGAAGGAGAAGCUUCGCGCGGCGGAGGUGAGCUUCGAACGGAAGCUUCAGAUGGAAGAGAAGGAGAUGAUCGCCGAGGCGGACAGAGAGUACGACGUCGCCGUGGACGUGAUGAUGGAGCGCGAUCGCGUCAAGGCGGUGUUCGCGGAGGAACAAGCGGCGAACGCGGCGAGGUCGCGACGCGCGAAGAGCCGGCUCGUGCUCGAGGAGCAGAUCGCGGAGAAGGUGGCGAUGCAGGAGGAGGCGAGAGAGGCGUUUUUGGCCGAGCGCGACGCCGUGGACGCGGUCGCCGCGAAGAUUCGCGCGGAGGACGAGGCGGAGGCGAGGCGGAAGCAGCAGAAGGUGGUGGACACCAGGGCGUUCAUCACCGAGUUUCUCGCGAUGCGCGAAGACCUGCGCGAGAAGGAGCGCGAGCGGCUGCGCGCGGAGGAGGAAAAGAUCGCCGCGUUCGCCGCCGAGAUCAUCAAAAGGCAAGAAGAAGCGGAGGCGCUCAAGGCGGGGAAGCGCGAGGAGGCGGACCGCGUCCUCGCCAAGCUCAGCGCGGACAAGGAGGAGAACGACCGCAAGCGCGACGAGAUGGAGGAGCUCAUCAACCGUCUGUACUUCGAGGAGCAAGAGGAGAAGCACCGCGCCGCGAUGGCGGCCAAGGCUGAAUCGGCGGAGGCGGCUAAGCGGGAGAUGAUGCGAGCGAACGAGGAGCAGCUCGCGAUCAAGCGGCGCAUGCGCGAGGAGGAGGCGGCGGAGGAGGAGAUGUUCCGAAGGAAGAUGUUCGAGAAGUUCGCGGAGGAGGAUCGCGUGGAACAGAUGCACGCGACGAAGCGCCGAAUGAAGAUGCAAGAGCACAAGCGCGAGGUUGAACGCCUCGCGGCGGUGAAGAAGGCGAUGUACGAGCUGCAGAUCGAGAGAGAGCUCGAGGAGCAGCGAGGCAGAGAGAGCGCGGAGGCGGCGGAGGCGGCGAUGGUGGAGGAGGAACGCCAGCGGCUGCUGCGCGACCACGCCGCGCGUCUGAAGGAUUAUCUUCCGAAGGGCGUCGUCGCGAGCUCGCGAGAUUUGGACUUGAUCAACACCAUCUCGAGUCAGAUGAGCGGGAUGGACCUUGGGAGCACGAGGGCGGGGACGAGAGCCGCGGGGUCGAGGGCGUUCGAGAUGUAG